AUGGCAAACCACUACUCCGUGCUGGGUGUCUCCCCUGACGCUACUCACCAGCAGAUCAAAGCAGCAUACAACAAACUAGUCCUUCAACACCACCCUGACAAAGGAGGAUCGCAGGCCGAGUUUAUCCAAAUCCAGACAGCAUGGGAAGUUCUCAGAGAUCCUGCCGCUCGCGCAAACUAUGACCGACAAUGCCGCAGCAGAGCCGGCGAGAACGCGCAGAGGCCUCGACACCACGGGCAACAUCAGAGAGCCUCAGGAGCUCAGUUUCCACGCGACCAACCCAACAGCGGCCGCUAUCACCACGACUCAAUGCCGGGUGGUUAUUACUCUGAUGCAGGAUCUGGCUCUAGGAGAGGACCCAGCUUCAAUUCUUGGAACGGCUUUCGUGAGUCCUCGGCAGGUUCCGCCUACAACAGCUACUACGGCUCGUCUGCUGGUGCAGCAAGUGACAGAGACAGAAAUCCGAGGGCUUCGAGUACACCAGAGCCAGAAGACAACUCACGUCACCAGCCUCGCAAUGCGCAAACAAAUAACCAGGAUUUCCACUCGCGAUCAAGACGCCGUGACCACACCGAUUCUCCUCCUUACAGUCCGCAGUCCUCGUCUCCGCCACCCACGAUGCCGACCGAACUCGAUCUGAAGGCCGUCAAAGCCCUUGCCGUAGAGGCGUCACGGAACCUCGAACGCUACAAACAUCUCAUCUCCACGCUGCGCUCGUCUACCAGGAGUCGUCCGCUCUUGCAAGAAACCCAAAUUAAACUUGAACAUGUCCACCUCCUCCUGCAGACUCGGGAGUUGAAAUUGAAGCAAAGAGUCACCGAGAUCAAAAUGUACAACAUCAACGUACAAAACAAGACUCCACCAGAGAAGUUGGAGCCCUUCUUUGUGUCUCUGUGGGAGACCAUCCUCAAGGAGGACAAGGAGGCGGUGACCGACGUGAACUCGUCGGCAUCAAGAGUCAUGAGGGAUGCAAGCCAAUGGCUGCGAAGAAGGGAGGUGCUGGAGGCACGUGGCCUUGAGUUCACUGAAGAUGAUAGACUCGCCCGAGACUUGAAAGACAGCACGGAGGCGUUGGAGCGACUCUUGACCAAGGUGCUCCUCUCGGCGCCAGGGGCUGCGCCACCUCGGUCCUACUGA